GGGGGAAAGAGGCUGCGGUGCGGAAGAGGGGAUCAUGUCUGCCCUGCCUGGCCACAGAUUUCUCUAAGUCAAAAGACUGACACUUUCUCUCCAGUGCAAGAAACAGAGAGGAGACUCUUGCUGGGAUAACGCCAACUGUAGUCUCUUGAGAAACCAAAUGACCUCACAGCCACAUAAAAUGGCCGCUUGUCCAGAAGAAACUACAGGAGCAGGACUGCCAUUGCCGAUUCGCGUGAAAUUGGAGGCCCAGUGCCAAGCAGACAACAGCAUGAGAGGAGAUGGAAAAGCCCCUUGUACAAUCCAGUCUGGGGGCUCUGAGGGGAUAUUGAGAGCGCCACCUGUGGAAAGGGUGAAGCAGGAGCUGGCAGAGGAACUGUUUCCCAGCUGGGAUUGCCAGUGGCAACGGGUGCUGGAGGUGGUGCAGACUCCCAUGAUUGCCCCAGUAUGGGACAAUUUACAGUUGCCCCCUCUCCCUCAAGCGGGCAGCACUGAGGCCUACCUGACCACUUUUGAGCGGGUGGCAGAUGCUUCCCAGUGGCCUAAGGAAGAGUGGGUGGCUCGGCUCAUGCCCAUUCUCAGUGGGCAAGCCCAGCAGGCGUAUUUUAGCCUGGAUCCAAAAGACAAGAGUGACUACGGGAAGGUGAAGGUUGCCAUUUUGAGGCUGGACAACUACAUUGCCACAGAGACACACCGCCAAGGCUUCAGGCAUUUCUGUUACCAGGAUGCCGAGGGGCCACGAGGGACGUGCCAGAAGCUCCAGGAGCUCUGCCAUCGUUGGUUGAGGCCUGAAAGUCAGACCAAGGAGCAGAUCUUGGAUCUGUUAGUCUUGGAGCAGUUCCUUGUCAUUCUGCCACAGGAAAUGCAAAGCUGGAUUCGAGAACGUGGGCCAGAGACUUGUGACCGAGCGGUGGCCCUGGCCGAGGAGUUUUUGCAGGAGCGCCAAGUGACCGAGAGAUGGGAACAACAGAUAACUGUGCCUGUUGAGAUGGUGAUCAUAAACUCCCCUGUUGUAGAUCAGACUUUGUCUGACACAGCGCAGAGACAUCCUCCCAAGGAGACCAGCCAAGCUGACAACAAGGAUGAUGGCUCCCAAGACAGCAACUUUGCGAGCAGAGCUGGGGCCAAGGAGGUCCACCAGGGAGCGUCCGAGGUGGACGAUCAAGGGCGGAGGCCUCAAGGAGGGUUUCGAGAGGAUGCCCUCCAGAGGGCUGACCCUAAGAGAACGUACGUGAGCGAGCUCAGCCUGGGAAGGCCGCAGAAGAGCUGUCUCGCCGCGAGGGUGCUGAAGGAUAAAGACCUCGACGGGGUCCUUGCCGACCCGGAAGUCAAACGGCACCUGUGUAAGGAGUGCGGGAAAAGGUUCCGCAAGAAGUGGGACCUCAUUAGGCACGAGAGAAUCCACACGGGUGAGAAGCCCUACCAGUGCCCCGAGUGCGGGAACAGCUUCAAUCGGAACACAACCCUCACAAAACACCUCCUCAUUCACUCCGGGGAGAAACCCCACCAGUGCGCCUACUGCGGGAAGCGGUUCACGCGGCGCUCGCAUGUGGUGAACCACCAGAGACGCCACUCGUGGUAA